AAACUCAGAACACCAACAUAUUCAAGUUGGUUAGUAAGAAUGAAUUUAAAACUGGCUAUGAUCGACAAUGAAACUAGAUGGAAUUCAAUAUACAACAUGUUAUACAGAUUAAUUGAAUUAAAAAUGUUUUGUAAGGAACAUGAUGAAACCAACCCCGACUUAAAACUUACAGAUAAUGAGUGGAUAUCUGUUCAAAGUAUUGUUGAUGCUUUAUUACCAGUUAAAAUAGCAACAUUAGCCUUACAAAAACAAGAGAUAACUCUAGGAGAUUUGUAUGGUAUAUGGUGGAAAUGUAUUAAUGGGUUGAGAUCUAAUGGUACCAUACUAGCAAAACAAAUAUUAAAGUCUAUGAAAGAACGUCAAGGGCUGUUAAUGCAAAACAAUGUUUAUUUAUCAGGUAUGUUCUUAAGGAAUUAA